AUGUCACGGAGCAUACCUUCCGAUCUCCAAGAGGAAAUCAUCACAAGACUUCCUGUCGAAUCAUUGAUUCGAUGCCGAUCGGCGUGCAAAGCAUGGAAGUCACUGAUUGAUUCCUCUGCGUUUAUUGCUGCUCACAGCGUUCGCCAAACUCAGCCGCAGCAUUUCCUUAUGAUGUAUCAAGUGCGAGAACGGGAGGAAAAUGAGGGAAWAUACGUUUCUUUUGUCGAUGAUAAUACUUUCCCCCAACAAAGGUUUGAUCCGAUUGUUCCUGUGCUCGUUCAAAUACUUAAGGUUAAGGCCACUGGAUCAAGAAUAGUCGGUAGCUCGCACGGCUUGCUGUGCCUCCACGGUUAUUAUUAUCGAGAGCAAGAAAAGGAAGUGGCUGUUCUUUGGAAUCCUUCCAUUAUAAAAUCGAUUGCUGUUGCUGUACCUUUUAGUGUGUUAAGUUUGUCGUUUUCAAGGGUCCUUGGUUUUGGGGUUUGCCCCGACACUUGUGACCCUACGCUUGUCGCAAUUACAUAUAUUAGUGCAUGGUGGAGAAUGGAAAGUAUAAGUUACAUCCCUCGGCAAGUUAUGGUUUUCUCAUUGGGCUCAAAAGAAUGGAGGAGUUUAUGUAACAAUCUGCCUCGUAAAUCAAUUGCAUUUACUUGGUCUCAGGUAGCUAUAGGUCAUUUUAUUUAUUGGUUUGCUUAUGAUGGGAUUGCUGAAGAUGGUGGAAUUAGGGAUCAUAAACUGAUUAUGUCAUUUGAUUUGAGUACUGAGGAGUUUCGAGAGGUAAACCUCCCAGAUAGUUCGUCUCAGCUGCGCUUUAUAUGGUUCUCCAUCUUUAGGCUAAGGGAGUCUCUUGCUUUGCUCGAGUCUGGUGAAGAUAUGAACGGGAUGCAAGUUUGUAUUGUAUGGAUGAUGGAGCAUGGUGAUACAAACACGUUUACAAAGUUAUACACCAUUAACCCACCAUAUCCUGCAUAUAUACAGAGAAUUCUGGGGUUUAGGAAGAGUGGAGACCCUAUAUUUGAGAUGACACUUUACUAUUGUCAUCAAAAGCUUGUUGUUUAUGAACCUUUCUCAGAGCUCUUCAAGGAUCUUGGGAUUUUUGUAAACGGAUUUUCAUCCUUUGUGAAUUCUUACACGGAAUCGCUGCUUCUGCUCAACGAGGAAGAUCAUACUAUUUAUUAA